GUCUGAGGCAUGGAUUUGGGAUUUAUAGGUUCUACACAGGGGAUUCUUAUACAGGGGAGUGGUAUAAUGGGCAGAGCCAUGGGCUCGGGAUACAGACCUGCUCUGAUGGGAGCUGUUAUGUGGGCGAGUUCAAGUAUGGCGCCAAGCACGGCCUCGGCUGUUACCAUUUUAGGAAUGGAGAUAGAUAUGCAGGGGAGUAUUUUGGGGACAAAAUUCAUGGUUUUGGUGUGUAUCACUUUGCUAACGGGCAUUGUUACGAAGGAUCGUGGCACGAAGGGCGGGAGCAAGGUUUCGGGAUGUACACUUUUCGCAGCAGCGAGAGCCGAUGCGGCGAAUGGGAUGCAGGCAGUCUCAAGCACCCUCUUCCCCCUCUUACUGACAUAGUCCUUGCAGCAGUUCAGGCUGCUAGAAAGACGGCGGAGAACGCGAUCAAGAUCGGGCAGGUGGAUGAGGAGGUGAACAAGGCGGUAAUGGCUGCAAACAGAGCAGCCAAUGCUGCUAGAGUAGCUGCAGUGAAAGCUGUUCAAAACAGAAUGAAAGGGAAGUUUUGUGAUUUAGGCGCUUAAGAAAAAAAGUGUAAAUUUUGACUAAUUUUGAGUACUUUGGUUCAGAAACAAACAAACCACCACCCUGGUGAGAAAAAUUAGCCCAUCAGAGGUUGAGGGGAGCUUUCUUUUUCCUUUUUCCUUUUGAGCUUUCUAUGGUCACAAUCUAACAUGUAUAUACACCCAACCCAACCCUCUGUAUAUCAAUGGAAGCUUCAUAUUUCUUGAAUUUUCUCUUUAGUCUGUAUUAUUGUAUAAGGUGUGAUAACUGAUAAGCCGGAUGAAGGAGAAGAAGACAAAAGCCACGUGGAGGAUGGGAUGACAUGGCAAUAUUAGAUUGGCUGAAAGGCUUAAGAGUGAGAGUUCAAGACGGCAUUGCUCCUACAUAAAGCUUAAAGAAGCAGCAACCAGUCACAUCUUUCUACUUUUUUUCUUAUCUUAAAUCAAAGUUAUCCAUAAUUUUCUCUGA